UUCUACUGUUGUUUACGUUUUUAUCUGCCGGAAGAAACUAUGAAUAAAUCCGCAACGGUGGAGAAUCCCCGCUAUGGUCAGCUGAUCAUUGGCCCUCCUGGAUCCGGCAAGACAACCUAUUGCGCCGAAGCUCUCAAGUUCUACCGUGAGCUUGGACGACAAGUCGGAGUGGUAAACCUGGACCCGGCCAAUGACAACAUGGACUACGAGCCAGUCCUCAAUGUGGUUGAGCUAAUUACUGUAGACGAAUGCAUGGAUCACCUGCAGCUGGGACCAAAUGGAGCGCUGAUGCACUGUGCUGAGUACCUGGCGGAGCACCUAGAGGACUGGCUGCUUCCAGCUCUCCGCAGGCUAGGUGCCACCUACAACUAUUUUCUGUUUGAUUGCCCGGGCCAGGUGGAGCUUUAUACGCAUCACAGUGCCAUGGCUCGGGUGUUCGAAAGACUGGAGCGAGAGCGCUACAGCUUAGUCACCGUUAAUCUAAUCGACUCCCACUACUGUUCGGAACCGGCAAAGUUUAUUGCCACGCUCCUGAUGGCACUCAAUACGAUGUUGCGCAUGAGCCUGCCGCACGUUAAUGUGCUAUCAAAGGCCGAUCUGUUGCGGAAGCAUGAGACCAAGCUGCACUUCAACAUUGACUUCUAUGCAGACGUCCUGGACCUGAGGUAUCUGCUAGACAAAUUGGACGAAGACCCUGCCAUGCGCAAAUACCAUAAGCUGAAUGAAGCCAUUUGCUCUACUGUGGAGGACUACUCCCUGGUCUCUUUCCAGCUGCUAGAUGCCUUUAGCACGGAAAGCAUGCUGCGCCUGCGCAACCACAUCGAUAAGGCCAACGGCUACGUCUAUAAGGCAGGCGAGGAGCAAACGGUCAACUCACUGUUGGCAUGCGCAGUGGGCGCGGAGGCAGAGGCUGUGCGUCAGCAACAAGAUGUUCAGCCUUAUGUGGAAUAGAAUUGCUGGGAUAAAUCAACAAUAACUUUGUAAAUCUAUCCAUACAAACCCAGCUGUGAUA